GCCCGCCCUCCUGCGAUGCCCACCCGCCCCCGGCAGCCCCUCGCAGCGCUGCUUUAGGUGCUGAAGGCCACGGACGCUGCGCACACCAAGGUGGCCCUGGUUGGAGAGCCCGGAUAGCAGUGGAUGAGCGCUGGGCACUGGCAUAGCCACACGCACACACCGGCACCAUGGACUUUGUUAUGAAGCAAGCACUGGGCGGGGCCACCAAGGACAUGGGCAAGAUGCUGGGGGGCGAGGAGGAGAAGGACCCUGAUGCGCAGAAGAAGGAAGAGGAGAGGCAGGAAGCAUUGCGCCAGCAGGAGGAGGAGCGGAAAGCCAAGCACGCCCGCAUGGAGGCUGAGCGGGAGAAAGUCCGGCAGCAGAUCCGUGACAAGUAUGGGCUGAAGAAAAAGGAGGAGAAGGAGGCAGAGGAGAAGGCAGCGCUGGAGCAGCCAUGUGAGGGCAGCCUGACGCGCCCCAAGAAAGCGAUCCCUGCGGGCUGCGGGGACGAGGAGGAAGAGGAGGAGGAGAGCAUCCUGGACACCGUGCUCAAGUACCUGCCCGGCCCGCUGCAGGAUAUGUUCAAGAAGUAACAACACCACCGACCCUGCCAUGGGGUUCUGGGGCACGGGCGCCCUCCUCUCUCCCUCCCCUCCAUCAGUUCCCUUGGCCCCAGGGGGGUCCCUGCAUCCCCUCUCCAUCUUCUGCCCCUCCCUUGUCCCCUAACCAGACCAAACCAUCCCAUCCUGUCCAGGCAGGGCCCCCUGACCACGCCGUGCCAAAGGGGAGCGUCCCUGGCCGGACAGGGCGAACCGGGACCAAAUGCACUGAUGUAACCUGGCAGUGGGCUGGGGGCACCCCACGCCCCACCGGACCCCGGGGCAGCUCCCCGUGCCCUCAGCCCUGCCCUUCUGCCCACACCCUCCCCUCACCCAUCUGCCAGGGGGCCCGGGCAGGCCCUCCGUGUGCCCGCCCUUGUCCCCAGCACUGCCAUCCCCAGCCCCAUCCUGCCCCGGGCCAAGCCCAAAGCACAAAGCCAGGCGCCCUGCCCGCAGCUCCCCCAUCCCUGAUCCCCGGGCACGGGGGUCCCCCGGGGCUGCCCGGUGUGCCGCAGCAUCGGGGGGUUGGAGGGGACCCCCUUCCCGCAUCUCUGGCCCCAUAGUUAAAGCCAUAUCAGUUAGACUGCAAUACUUCAGCACCGGGAGGAGCAGGCGCCGCGCUCCGCCGACCGUGUAUAAAGGCGCGUGCGGGGCAGGGACCCCCCCUGCCUCGUCCCCCUGCCCCGUCCCCACUGUCCCCACCGCUCGCUCGUCCGUGUCUCGGCCCCGCUGGCCCCCGUUCUCGCAUUAGUGUCUGUGUGCCAGGGUGCGCCCCGUUGCUCCAUGCGUCCUCGUGUCCGCUGCUCACGCCUCAAACCCCAAAGCCCCGCAGUCCCCGGGGCCGCCCGCAGCGCUGAGCCGAGAGCCCCGUGCCCGUGGGUUGCAAUAAACCCAGUACGGGGCUGGGGGCUGCAGAGCGUCUCCCGGGCUGCCCCCCCCGGCGCUGGGCACACAGCUCCCAUGGGCUAAGCUGCCCGGGUACAUCCCAGGAGCUGCUGCUUGCGUCCCAACAGGGGGCACGCCAUCGCCCCGGCCCGUCCCUUGCCGUACCGUGCUCCUGUCCUCCCUACCCCCAUGCUUCCCCCGCCACAGCCCCCAGCCGCUCAGCCCAGCCCUUCCAGGGAGGCAGAGGGCAGCUCGGGGCUUCGCAGUCAUGCUGUGACCAUCCUGCUCGAACUAGUCUUUGACAAACUAAUAAAAUAAAGGGAUUUGUACAUUG